CGUCAGUUAUAAGUUAAGUUCUAAUUGAGAUUGGCAAACCGUAAGUUCGUUCCGCUUGUUCGCUCCAAAAUCAUUAAUUUAAAAACUCAAUCCUUCAUUUGUGUUCAUUUGUGCUUUGUCUUCCAAUCAAAUACAUAUUUUUCCCGUAACCCUUAUUUUGCCAAUAACGCCCACGAAUCCGUUAUUUUGUGGUAACGUUAUAUUAUAAGUUCUACUUGCAAAUCCUUCAUUUUGCAAGUCAUCUCAAUAUAUUUACAUACCUUUUAGUAACGUUAAGGUUAAUAACGUUAACGGAUAUUUUUAAUAACGGUCACAAAUCCUUCAUUUUGUGUUACUGUUUCAUAUAUAUUAAACGUUAUUUGCAAAUCCUUCAUUUUGCAAGUAAUUUUAUCUCAUUCCCAUACCUUUUAGUAACGUUAAGGUCAAUAACGUUAACGGAUAUUUUUUAGUAACGCUCACAAAUCCCUCAUUUUGUGUUGCUGUUUUAAACGUGUUAAAAGAUAUUUGCAAAUCCUUCAUUUUGCAUAAUAUUCCCACCUAUAAAUUGUUUCUACCGUUAAUUUUUCCUAAUAACGUUAACGGUUAUUUUUCAAUAACGCACACAAAUCCGUUAUUUUGUGUUGUAAUUGGAAACGUGUUGUACGUUCUUCGCAAAUCCUUUAUUUUGCGAAUCAUUCUUACUUAUACAUACUUAUAUACGUUAUCGAUCCGUUAUUCGAUUAACGUGUUAUUGCAUUUGCAUCCUCAGCAUAAACAGGUUAACUCUGUUAAAUCAGUAAUCACCUUAUCUAAGUUUCGUGCAUUGUUGCUUACAUUUUCCUUAUUGUUAAGCAAAGGUUGGAAUUAUACCUUUUGUUCAUUAAUAAUCAUUAUAAAUACAACAAAUAGCAUUUCAGAGUGCCCUGAUUUUUUACGGUUGCUUCGUUGUGAGUGUGAACUGUGUUUAUCAAAGUGCGUAAUUAGUGUUAUUUCACGUGUUUCAGUGCAUUGCAAUAUCGGUGCUGUUUGGCUGGCGCCUGGCUGGCCGGGACCGCGCGCGCUCGUUCGCUGUUGCUACGCGCUCGCACCGCUUGGUUUUUUGCAGUUUUUACGCGCACCCUCACUUUGCUGCUUUUGUGCUAAUUUAAAAGUAAUCGUUUCAAAUCUUUAUUUUUGAACUUUAUUGCCUUGCAACUAAUUAAUUUGUUGACUUUUCUAGCAACUCAUUUCAUCGCACUGCUUCAUAACAAGUAUAUCUUCUUGGAUUUUUUUGGCUUAAAACUAAAUAUUUAUUUUGCCACUGACAGGCAAUUCAUAUUGAUACCUAUAGGUACUCAGUUAUUUCAUUCAUCUAGUUGCCAGUAACUCAUUAAAUUUAAAAUGGUUGAUGUUAAAUUAAUUAGAAGACGUGCCUCAUUUAAAUCUAAGCUUACAUUCUUUGAAAGCUAUUUGACAACUGCCGAAAGUUGUGAACGUCUGAGUAGAUUACAAAUCACGGAAUUAAAUGACCGUCUGUCAAAAAUCGAAGAAAUUUAUUCAGAAUUUGACUCCGUUCAGUGUGAUAUAGAGAAUGAAUUGGAAAUUCCAGAUGACCAGUAUAAAGAACGCGAGGCUUUCGAGAGCAAGUACUUCGGGCUCGUCGCGCGCGCGCGCGAGCUGCUGGCAGCCGCCGCGCCGGCGGCGGGCGCCUCUGCGGGCGGCGGCAGCUCGGAGACAGGUUCUUGUGUCACUGCAAUUGGAGAGCUCUAACCCUGCGGCGAUACCCACUCUCUCACGAUACAUGAGAAUUCAACAAUUGAAAGCCCAUUUCUGGUCCCGAUAUUAUACAGAAUAUAUUACAGAGCUCCAGAAACGACAGAAAUGGCGCAAACAAGGACAGCAACUCCAUUUAGGAGAGAUGGUGCUGGUGAAAGAUGACCGGCUGCCUCCUAACCAAUGGCUGCUGGGGCGCGUGACCCGCCUCUACCCUGGCUCCGACGGCGUGACCCGCGUAGCCGACAUCAAGACCACUUCGGGUACCCUCCGACGAGCGUUCAACCGACUGUGCCCUCUACCAGUCAUAGACACGAACUCCGUUCCUGAGGCCGCAACAUGUUAACGCCUAGCAUAUGUUCUUGUGAACGCACCCACACUCACACAUGCGUACAGCAAGAAACCUGCUCGACCGGCGCGAGCGCGAGCGAGCUGUUUUACCGACCGAACUCUCGUCCUCAAGCCACCAAACGAUAUCGACACUUUUUUUUACAAUUUUAUUUUUACUGGUUAUUAAACCAAUUUUUUAAAAGUUUAAAGUAGCAUCAUUCCACUCCCAGCUAAAGACCUCAGCAAGAAGUACCGGCG